AUGGCUUUAUCCUCAGAGGCUCAGAAGUUAGCCAAGCACCAACAUUCCUGGUGGCAACCGCAUCGUCAAUUCCAACUUUAUGAAGGUGGCGGUGGUGGUGGUGGUGGUGGUGGUGGUGGUGGUGUGGCUAUACCACCAAUGGACCUUGAUGGGCGGCUUGUCGCAAAGUUCUCUGUAAAUCUAUCUUAG